CUCCAUGAUACUUCACCAAUCGCCAACUUUAAGUUUUGGGUUCUCUCUUCUUUCUCUAAUCUUCCCAUUUAUGAUUUUAAGAACAGAAAAUACCGAUUUACUUCGUCCUGCUAUCCCCACAUUUACAAUGCCAAUAAGUAAGGAUAGGUUUUUAAUUUGCUGCACAUUUCCUUCCACUAAAGGUCACCCAGAAGAUGGGGGUUGUCACCUACCUUUGCCUUCUUGGUUUCCUGGUCUCCUAUUCAUUCCCAGCAGGUGAGUGCUUUAACAAUUAUCUGGAAAUUCCCCAGAAAUUUUAAUUGGGGUUAAGCAUUUAUAAAAACAAAACUACUUCUCAGAUUUCCAGGUGAUGGUAACCCAGCUAAGGCUGUUGGAAUAAAUAACCAGGCAAUGGAAGCAGGUCCAUUAGGGUGAAUAGGAAACUUCCCUACCAACCUCAGUCUGCUCUGAACCACUCCUCAUAUUCAUAUUGACAACCAGUCAGGGAGUGGCGCUGCCUGUCAUGGACUCUGGAUCCACUUACUGUUUGCCUCCCUGCUUUCUGUCCCAAUUUCAUAUCGGUGCCAUGGGGUACCAGUCACCAAUGGAAGCAGGAAUGUUUAAAUUAGGUCUGCAUUCAUUAAUCUUAAAAUUAUCUGUGCAAAUUUGUAGGUGAAGUAGGAUUCCACAUUGAAAAUUGCAUUCUAACAGUUUUUGUCCCCCUCCCCAUCUUUUUCUUCUUUUACUCCUCUCUCCAUACAGUAAAGGCCAGAUCCUGUCCCAGGAAUUGGCUGAAAUCCCAGGGCAGCUGCUAUGCAUAUUUUGACUCUCAGAAAACUUGGUCUGAAGCUGAGGUAAGAAGCUGUUUCUCACCAACCAAGCUGUCACAUCAGGUGCUGUGAUGGGUUUCAGAUGACAUUUUUGUGAGGAGGGCUAUCAGUGUGAGCUGUUGGGAGACAAUACCUGGCCAUCAUCUUGGUAUAAUCAAAAGAGAGCUGCUCACCCAUUGUGUUCAAUUAACCUGUUUCCACAGGAGCCAAGAAAGCUUAAUUAACAGUCAGGAGAGAUGGCCUGGCAAGAAGGUACCAUCUCACAAGUGAAAAGAUACAAGCUAUCUCUGCCCCUUUGUCCCUCCAGCUUGCAUGUGAGCAGGAGGGACCUCAGGGCUCACUCAGCUGGGGGGGGGGGAGUGGAGCCUUCCCACCCCCAAGCCAAGAACCGCAAACAAGCUGUGUCAUCCUCAGCUCUGCAGGGUGUUGGGAUGAAAGUGCCUCAUCUCUUGCAAUGAGAGCUGUGGCCGUUUCACCCCAUGCCUUGAGGGCUGGGGCCAAUACAGAUUGUUGUUUCAACAUCAUGGUGUAUCGCCAGAUUGUGAUGUUUGGCUGGUGAUACAUCAUGGUGUUGAAAACCUGACAUCACCCAGCUAUAUACAGUUAAGAACAACUAUUUCAAACAUUAAGAUAAUAGUUAAAUUCAAGGAUAAGCUACAAAACCAGAUUAAAACACAGGUCAACAUUCCACAUGCCUGCAUAAAGGUAAAGGGACCCCUGACCAGUAGGUCCAGUCGUGACCGACUCUGGGGUUGCGCGCUCAUCUCGCUCUAUAGGCCGAGGGAGCCGGCGUUUGUCUGCAGACAGCCUCCGGGUCAUGUGGCCAGCAUGACUAAGCGCUUCUGGCGAACCAGAGCAGCGCACGGAAACGCCGUUUACCUUCCCGCCGGAGCAGUCCUUACUUAUCUACUUGCACUUUGACGGGCUUUCGAACUGCUAGGUUGGCAGGAGCAGGGACCAAGCAACAGGAGCUCACCCCGUUGCGGAGAUUCGAACCGCUGACCUUCUGAUUGGCAAGUCCUAGGCUCUGUGGUUUAACCCACAGCGCCACCCGCUUCUGAAAAGAGUGCAGCCAAAUCAUGACUAUGAGCAUUCUUCCUGCAUUCAUCCCAGUUUUUGUGUAUGAGCUUCAAGGUGGUUUUCUUGCACCAAGAUUGAGUGCUUGAAGCACCUUUAAUUGCACUCGUGUGCAGCAGGUCCAGCAGGUUUCUUUAGUUUCCCAGCAGGUCCAGAGGAUGGAGAAAGGGGCCUGGCUCCACUCACAGCAUUUUCUUCACCCCCUUUUCUCUCUUCCUUCCUCAGCUGCUUUAGUUCCCAUUUGAAAAACUUCCAACUCUCCACCACUGGUGUUUUAUGAUUUUUGAAUAAUUGUUGUCAAGGCUGCCUCAGGUCUCAGCUCACAAAAGACCAACGCCAAUCUCUUCUUAUAUACAAAAGUGUUUAUUGCAGUUCAUUGUUUGCUUCAUAUCCGAGGCGCGCAGCCCCACGUCUGUACGCUUAGACCGUUGAAGUCCCCUCUGAGUCAGUCCCUCCCCUGCACCAGUUUAAGAGCCUUGCGCUGCUCCACCUCUUUCUCUCUUUCCUUUUCCUCAGGGUCUUCCUGCCCGCUGGGGUUUCGCCCUCCUGGAUUCCCCUGACGCGCUAUCCCCCGACUGCUCUUCCCCCCUCCUGCGGGCUUUAGGACCUGGCUCUUCCUCCGGGCUCCCUGUACUUCCGCGCGCCUCUACAUUUGAACUUGGCGCGCGCGCCCAACCUCUAACUUUCCUUUUGACAGUUACACUACUCCCUUCACUACUCCCCUCCCCUUCCGGGAGGGUGGCUUGCUCCGACCUCCCUCCCUUCUCUGCUGCCGGAGCUCCUUCCCCUGAUACACUGGAACCUCCACCCCCUUCGCUGCACUCUGGCGGGGAGGUUGGUCCUGACGCCCAGCUGCCACUUUGGGAUCCCCCGCUGGCCCCCUGUUCCUGACACGUCCCCCCUGGGGCUCCCCUGGCCUUGACCACUGGCGCCCCCUUCUGGGAAUCCUCUGAUUCGCUGGAAAGACUCAUGGAAUCUCUUGAGUCAUUGUCAUCCUCUUCCUCGCUGUCCUGGGAUUCAUCCCCAUCGCUCUCCAUCUCCUCCCUACCCUGUGCCUCUGUCCCUGAACCCCUGACAAUUGUUAUUAUUUAUUUGACAAGUUCUGAACCACUCUGGGAAAGCUUUGUGGGAAAGAGUCUCUCUCUGUGUGUGUGUGUGUGUGUGUGUUUGUGUGUUAGUAAUAGUGGUGGAGCUUAUUAAUUGCUUGGCUAUUCUCAGAAUGAGUGCCUGAGCUUUGGCUGUGGGACCCAUCUUGCCUCCAUCCUCAAUGAGAAAGAGUCAGAUGUGGUGGCCUAUUACAUCUCUGCAAACCAGAAAAAGAAAAGUCGGGUUUGGAUUGGGCUGCAUGAUCCCACUGAGGUGAGUUGCCUUUACUUUCUCAAUUUCAGGCCAUUGUCACUGAGUAAUGGCUUCUUAGCAUCACCAUUCCAUCCUUACUCGAAUCGUCUCCCCAGAUGUGACUUUGUGACUUUCCCACAAUUUUCUAAUAGAAUCCUCCUCUAAUAUUGCUGUGGAAGUGGGGAGAUGAUUAACAUAUUCAAUCCUCCUGGCACACUGGGAAUAAUAUCCCCUCACUCACCCAAGUUUAGGAUAUUCCGCCAUUCUUCAGCAGAGUUUCUUUUUCUUUGAGGAAAAUAAGUGGCUCACAUAAAUGUAAACUAAGCUUGAAUAAUAAAGAAAACUGUAACAAAAAUACAAAAUAAGAGAAACUAAAUACAACAACAUGAGGCAAGUCUGAGUCAAGAAGCGAGAAGAAGCAGCUGGUCCCUCUUAACUGAUAUUCUUAACGGAACACAGAUACUGAAGGGAGGGGCUGAUUCCAGAGCAAAACACACAAGCCCCACCCACCAGAUACCAAGCACUCUACUAUUCAAAUUAGGUCCCAGAGUUUUUCUUACAAAUACAGUCAUACCUUGGUUCUCAAAUGCCUUGUGACUCAAAUGUUUUGGCUUCCGAAUGCCGGAAACCUAGAAGUGAGUUUUUCGGUUUGCAAACGUUCUUUGGAACCCGAAGGUCUGAUGUGGCUUCUGAUUGAGUGCAGGAAGCUCCUGCAGCCUAUGGGAAGUCACGCCUUGGUUUUCAAAUGUUUUUGGAAAUCGAACGGACUUCCAGAAAGGAUUCCGCUAGAGAACCAAGGUACGACUGUAACUCCAUCAUAACUGGCAAUUGCUUCAUAACUGGUCAACUCUCCAUGUGACCUUUGCAUUGAAUGUAUGAUCUGUUCCAUCAUAUUGCUGCAGAAAGGGCAUUGGAAGUGGUCGGAUGACGAGAUCUACGAUUACAAAGGCUGGGAUUUUAAUCGCCCAGACAACUACAACAAUGAAGAAUAUUGUGUGCAUCUGCUAAAGGAGACAGGUAAGCAAGCAAUUUGUAGGGACUGACUAAAAAAAUGCCUAUCACUCCAUCAGUUUCAAGUAUUUCAAAGGGUAGUAUCUGAUUUUAAAAAUCAGAAAAAUCAAACUCAAAAUACUCUGGUUAGUCAUUGCUACUGAUGGUCCAUUCAUUUGAAAAGGUUUACUCUGGGUAUUAGUUGAUUAGAUACACUCUCAGCCUGGUGCUUCUCUGUACUAAGGUUCACAAGUCAAUAUCUCUGGAGAUCUGACCAGAAGUGGUCCUACGUAUUGAUCCUUUAGGGAAACUUCCAAUCAUACCAUGAAGCAGAAUCUUUUUCUGCAGUCAGCCUUCAUUCUUCGGUUGCAUGUGAUCACAUAUUUUGUUCAGAAAACAGUGGUUGCCAAAGUAAGAUCUGGGUUAUGCCAUCUUAUACUCUAUCAUGUUUCUUAACAAAAUGAUUAGGCUCAAACAGCAUUUAAUAAUACUAAGAAUAAUAUUCAUUCAUUCUCUAUCUGGGUGUCUCCCAAAAGAAUAUUAAUAGCAUGAUAAAACAUUUAAGACUUUGAAGCCAGGUGAUCAGUGAGUGACCUUCAUAUGUUUGGUUAGUUCUGGGUCACAGCCCUGCUGUGAGUCCUGAAAAGGCCAGACUCACUGGAACAAACUGUGGGAAAUGUUUUUAAAUGCUUUAAAAUAGGUUUUUAAUCUGUGGCAUUUUAAAUUUUGGUUUUUUGUUUUGUUUUUCUCUGUUGGGGGUGGGAUAAACAUUUAGUUGGGGCUGGGGAUUAGUUUAAUUUUAGUAUAAUUGUAAUUUGGUUGUUGUUGUUGUUAGCUUCUACUGUUUUAUUGGUUCAUUGUAUAGUUUGUAUUCUGUUCUGAAGGAGAGAAGGUCAGGGCUGCCUGGGAGUGGGCCCCAGCCAAUAGAAUGACUGAGGCAGGUUCCACAGGUGGGGUUGCACUGGGACACCCAAUCUCAGUGAUCAUGGGUAGGAGGAGGAGUUACGCUAAGACCAGACCAUGUCAUUACUGAGGAGGCAGGUUUAGUCAUUGUUUGAAGACUAUCCCUGCCUCUGGGUCUGGUCUUGACCGGAAGGAUACUGGAAUAAACAAGGGAGACCCACGUGACCUGAAGGUGCUGCUGUGCAAUGCCAGGUCAAUGAUUCAUAAGACCACUGCCAUCCAUGACUUGAUUGUGGAUGGAGGACUUGACCUGGCAUGUGUAACAGAGACUUGGUUGGAUGAAGCAAAUGGCCUGUCCUUGUCACUGCUUGUCCACCAGGUUUCUCUUACACACAGCAACCCAGGUCAUAUGGGCAGGGAGGCGAGGUUGCAGUGAGUUUUAGGAACUCAUUAGCUUGCACCAGGUGUCCUAUUGGGAAGACCCAGUUUUCUGAGCGUGUGUUCUGGAAGUUGGACAACAGGAUUCCUUUUGGUGUACCGACCUCCCCACUGUACCAAGGAUUCCCUGGCCGAGCUGCUUCAGGUCAUGGCAGAUGGUCUCCUGGAGACACCUAGUUUGGUUGUCCUAGGGAUUUUAACAUCCAUGCUGACACAACCUUAUAAUGGGCUGCUUGGCACUUCGUGGAAAGCAUGGUCUCCAUGAGGCUGUCCCUGAAUGAAUUUGGCCCAACUCAUAGUCGCAGACAUGUCUUAGACCUGGAGUUCACCUCUAUGGAUGUGGGUGAUGUGACACUAAGAAAAAGCAAAAAGAAAGCAAAAAGAAAGAAGUGCCAUGGUCAGAUCACUUCCUGGUGUCGUGACCCUUCCCCUCUGCAGGGAGGUGGGACCGAUUUGGAUCCGCCUCCACCCCACUUAAUGGAUUCAAAUGGUUUGCAGAGAGUGGUGUUGUUGUCUUCCGCUGCCUCCCACUCCUGUCUUCCACUGCCUCCCAUAGUUUGGUCAAAUUCAUGCUGGUAGCUUCAAGAACACUGUCCAACCAUCUCAUCCUCUGUCAUCCCCUUCUCCUUGUGCCCUCCAUCUUUCCCAACAUCAGGGUCUUUUUCAGGGAGUCUUCUCUUCUCAUGAGGUGGCCAAAGUAGGGGAUGUUUUAUCCCAUGUUGAUGGCCUUUCAGCUGAUUCCCCUCUGGCCCGCUGGAAUGCAGAGUUAACCAGAGCUAUCGACUGUCUGGCUCCAAAGCGCUCUCUCCAACUGCAUGGAGCCUGGCAGCCUCAUGGUUUUAUCCAGAGCUGAGGGUGAUGAAACAAUCACUGAGGUGGCAAUAGCGCCAGUGGUGGAAAUCGGACCAGAAACGGGUUAGAGCUCAAUGUCGAGCCUACCAAGUGGCAAUAGCGAUGGUGAAGAGGUCCUUCUUCACUGCCUCUAUUGCAUCUGCAGAAAACAGCAGCAGGAGACUCUUUCAGGUGGUUCACAAUCUUAACAGAACCACCUUCACCAUUGGGGCCUGGUAAAGACCCCAAGAUCUCCUGCAAUGAUUUUGCAACUUUUUUGCAGGCAAAGCCGCUCAGAUUCGGAAAGAGGUAGACACCAUCAUGGGAGCAGGGCUGGGGCAGGAGAGUGCUAGAGUCCUGUCUAUUCCAGUUGCAUGGGAUCAGUUCCAAUCUGUUACCUCCGAGGAUGUGGACAGGCUGCUUGGAUGAGUGAAACUGACCACCUGUCUCCUCGAUCCUUGCCCAUCCUGGCUCAUAAAAGUGAGCCGGGAAGGGCAGGGUGAUGGGCUCCGGGGGAUAGUGAAUGCUUUCCUCUGUGAGCAAGCUUUCCCGGAACCGCUGAAAGAGGCAGUUAUUAAAUCGCGUCUUUAAAAAACAUCUUUGGACAUGGCCAAUAUGGACAACUAUCACCCAGUCUCAAAUCUUCCAUUCUUGGGCAAAGUGACUGAGCAGGUGGUUGCUGAACAACUCCAAGCACGCCUGGAGGAUGCGGACCAUUUGGAUCCCUUCCAAUUGGGAUUCAGGCCUCAUCAUGGGACUGAAACUGCCUUGGUCACGCUGGUCAAUGAUCUCUGGUGGGCUAGGGACAAAGGUGAAAGCUGUUUCCUAGUUCUGCUGGAUCUCUCAGCGGCCUUUGAUACCAUCAACCAUGACAUCCUUCUGGACUGUCUAGAGGCGCUAGGAGCUGGGGGCACUGUUAUAUAGUGGUUCUGCUCCUUCCUCCUGGGCCAUGUUCAGAAAGUGGUGGGGGGGUGAGUGUUCAGACCCCUGGGCUCUCACUUGUGGGGUGCCUCAGGGUUCUGUCCUCUCCCCCAUGCUUUUCAACAUCUACAUGCAGCCGCUGGGAGAGAUCAUCAGCGGGUUUGGGCUGGGUGUUUAUCAGUAUGCGGAUGAUACCCAGCUCUACCUCUCUUUCAAAUCAGAACCAGUGUAGGCGGUGAAGGUCCUUUUUGAGUGUCUGGAGGCAGUUGGAGGAUGGAUGGCAGCUAACAGAUUGAGGCUGAAUCCUGACAAGACAGAAGUACUGUUUUGGGGGGACAGGGGGAUGGCAGGUGUGGAGGACUCUCUGGUUCUGAAUGGGGUAACUGUGCACCUGAAGGACCAGAUGUGCAGCCUGGGACUCAUUUUAGACUCACAGCUGUCCGUGGAGGCACAGGCCAAUUCUGUGUUCAGGGCAGCUGCCUACCAGCUCCAUCUGGUAUGCAGGCUGAGACCCUACCUGCCUGCAGACUGUCUCGCCAGAGUGGUGCAUGCUCUAGUUAUCUCCCGCUUGGACUACUGCAAUGCGCUCUGUGUGGGGCUACCUUUGAAGGUGAGCCAGAAACUACAACUAAUCCAGAAUGCGGCAGCUAGACUGGAGACUGGGAGUGGCUGCAGAGACCAUAUAACACUGGUCCUGAAAGACCUACAUUGGCUCCCACUAUGUUUCUGAGCACAAUUCAAAGUGUUGGUGCUGAUCUUGAAAGCCCUCAAUGGACUCAGCCCAGUAUACCUGAAGGAGUGUCUCCACCCCCAUCGUUCAACCUGGGCACAGAGGUCCAGCUCUGAGGGCCUUCUGGUGGUUCCCUCACUAUUAUUAAAGUCUGAAUCCAUUUUAUUCCCCCUACACAUCAGGGAAAGGAAUAAUAGGCAAUAAGAAGUAACUUUCCUUAUUUCUUGAAUUAUAAUUUUUGUUUUGAAUUUCAGGUUUUAAGAAGUGGAAUGAUGUAAAAUGCAACAACACGUACGCCUUCAUCUGCAAGCAAUAACUCUAAAGGAGACUUCCCUUCUCCACUGUGUUGGCUGGGAAGCUGCCUUGACAUUAUAUGUAUUUCUGCUCUCUCUCAUCACUUUCAAAAUAGCCAUUGCUAUAGAGAUGCCUCUUCAAUUUCCCCCUUCCCUUUGAAAUUUUCUUGGACCUGCAGCAGAGCAUCAGCUUAAUAAAUUCUCUUCCAUGCAUAUUUUCC